CCUCUACUGAGUAAAAAGUAAAAAUACGAAACAGCUGUGAGCUGACGGCUUAAGGUUAUGCGCAUAACCUUUUUGCACACACAUUUUGUCCUUAAACAAAAGAUCCAAGUUAAUUCCAUUAAUUGUGAAAGUAUUCGUUCUUUAGUGUGAUAAAUCGAGACAUGUUUCGUUUUGGAGCCAAGCAUUUCUUUAUCGGCAGAAAUUUCAGUACGAAAUUUAAUGAUAUCAGCAAUCUUGUUAAGAAAAAUAAGGUAGUCGUCUUUAUGAAAGGCAUUCCAGAAGAGCCAAGAUGUGGAUUCAGCAAUGCGGUAGUUCAGAUAUUACAACUGCACGGCGUUACUUAUGAUGCUCAUGAUGUUCUUAAAGAUGAAGAACUCAGACAAGGUAUAAAAGACUUUUCUAAUUGGCCCACAAUACCUCAAGUAUUUAUAAAUGGUGAUUUUGUGGGUGGCUGCGAUAUACUCUUAGAAAUGCAUAAGAAUGGUGAGCUUAUUGAAGAAUUGAAGAAAGCUGGAAUUAUUAGUACUCUUUUGGAAAAAGAAGCAUCUUCUCAAAGCGAUGUCAACAAAUCUAAAGAAUAAAUUUAUCUUAAAUAGCUUGUAAAUAAAGAAAUAGCUGUGUCUCGUAUCGACAGAAGGAUAGUCACUUUUUAUAAUAAUGAACAUUUUUGUUAAUGUUAAGCAUAAUCUUAAUCAUAACGCAUUAAUAUAUAUGUGACGAUGUUCA